AUGUCUUGUACCAACACUCCUAUUACGGUCGGCUAUUGGUUAGGGUAUGCAGGUGAACCGGAAAAUGUUCCUCUACGAAGUUUACGCAGAGAUAAGUUUGAUUAUAUUCACAUAUUUUUAUUUGAAACAAGUCGAGAUCCUCACAUAGCUAUUUACCACGAUUAUUUAACAUCGUCCAAAUAUAAAUGGGAAGAAAUUCUAAAAGAUGCACACGAACUACAGCAAGAAGGAACAAAAAUAAUUGCGAGUAUUCUUGAUAAUUCAUACAAUAUGAAAUUCGGAAUUCAUCUUGGAGAAAAUGUUCAUCAAUGGGCUAGAACAGUUUAUGACAAAAUUUGUGAGUGGGAAUUUGAUGGUAUUGAUUUAGAUUUUGAAGGUGAAAAUCAGUUUGAUUAUGAUAUAGAAACGAAACAAUUCAAUCAUUCGUCGAUUGACAAUUCAAAAAGAUUAGUUCAUGCACUAUCAGUCUAUUUUGGACCGAAAUCAUUUACGGGAAAACAAAUGUCUAUAGUAACAGGAAGGCCACUGUUAGAAAUUUAUAGGCAAACUUAUGAACUAUAUGAUUAUACGAUACUCAUGUGUUAUGACUGGAAAAUGGAAGAUUUAAAAUGCUGGUGGAAUGAAUACAUCAAAUAUGUUAAACCAGACAAAAUUAUUUUAGGAUGUUCUGUCGAAUAUGGACAAGAUGGACCAUGCAGUUAUGCGUAUUCGAACACAUCAGAAAGAAUAAAAACAUUUUUUGAAUGGCAACCGACGGAUUGUUUUGAGAAAAAAGGUGGAAUGAUGUUGUUUCACGUUGGUAUUGAUCAUUGUCAAUAUGCAAAACAUAUUUGUCAAGAGCAAAAGAACAAGAAAUAA